AUGCAAUCAGUGUCGCGAACCAAGGGCCCAAAGAAGACUUUCAAACGUAAAGAUGCUGGCGCUGCUCCGGAUCAGCCUUCGACCGCCCUGGCUGCACCCACUCGGAGCCGUGUAGCAGAGCCAGCAUCUUCCUCGGGCGACGGAUCUGAAGUGUCCAGAUUACCCGCGGCGCCUUCUUCCAUCAUGUCAUCGAAAGAGCAAUUUCUCCUUCAGCAUUAUUUCUAUACCGUUUCAGGGAUCCUCUCCAGCACACAUGACCGCACUAUCAAUACAUACUGCCGGGUUGUCCUGCCGAUGGCCAUGUCUUCGAAUAUGCUCAUGGACACCCUCUUACUGGUAUCCACGUCCCAUCUGGCAUCCAGAUACGAGCAAUUUGCAGUCGACUUGCCGCACUAUCGAAGCCGCGUCCUCCCGCGUCUGAUCGGGCGCAUCAAUUCGUGGGAUGGCUUUGAUCCCACCAUGUUGGCUACUAUCAUUAUGAUGGCUAUCAAUGAGAUAUUCGAAGCCAACCCCAAGAAUUGGUCCGAACACUUAAGGGCGGCCGGAAGGAUCAUCUCAGACUACGUGGCUCAAUGUAAGGAGCCAGACCACGACACCAGAAUGCUGCUCGAUAUAUUUGCAUACCAUAAUGUUCUGGCCAGUGUCGGUGCAAACCAUGCAUCCCUCGUCAUGGACUAUUGUACCAGAGACACUUGGUCCGCUCUGGCCGGCCACUCGAACGCUUUCCUCGCCUCGGUAGACCGUCUUCUCUCCCUGGUCGCCAAACUUUCGAUGCUUUCUUCGCAGUCAACCGACGAUGCCGGGGCCCGCUAUAUCAAACCAUCUCAACUACCGGCCGCCAAUCAUCUCAAAGCCGAGCUAGAAAACUGGCAGCCGCCGAAAGCCAUCCCCAACGAUGCCUGCAACACUGCCGAAGCGAUGCGCCAUGCCGGGCUGUUGUUCUUCUACAAGUUGACCUCGGCACCUUCGCCGGGCGAUGACCGAAGCGGCAUUCUCAGAAGCUGCGAUGAGAUUGUUCGGCACAUUGGUUACGUCUCAAUCGACAGCCCUGCUGCUGCUAGCCACCUGUGGCCGCUUUACAUGGCGGGCUGUUUCCUGAACAAAUCGAACGAUGACGGAUCUAUCCACUGGCAGAGUCAGGAAUUCAUCCGUUCUCGCCUGUCGGCGCUCAAGUCCAAACGAGGGGUCAAGACGGUGGACAGGGUUCGUGAACGACUUGAGCAGAUCUGGGAUUGUGACGACACUGAAAUGGUGGAUGUCAACGCGCCCUUGAUCUUGGUCUGA